UUGGGGAAUUCAUCUUCGCACUCAGGAUGGGAUGCUUGCUAGUAUUGACAGCCAUUUUAUGUUUGGCUAACACUGUUCAUGGCCAAACACCAACGUCGGAUGACUUCAAAAGACAGGAGCUGGAAUCAACAAAAAAUGGCACAAUAGCUGAGACUCAAAGUCAACAACAAGAUCAACAACAAGAGGUGUCCAGUGGUCUGUCUAAUGAUGGAACAUUAACUGUAGGGGAUUUUCAGGUUGUGUUUGACUACGCUUUGAAGGAGAUUAUGAUGAGUUAUAACAUUACAGUUGAGGACGUCCAACAAAUGCUGGAAAACUAUUCACAAGGCGGAAGUGCAUCCAUCAUGAAAACAAUUACGGACCCAGAGACCGGAAAAGAGGAGGUUAUCUCUAUAGAUUUUGGUGAUGCAAUCCUCAGCAAAGCGGAAGUAGAUCAUAAUAACGCUCAAAAACAAAUUGACAACACCAUAUCGGCACAACAAAAUGAAUUUAACCCUAUGGAACUUAAUACGGAAGCAGCAGAUCCAACUCUAGGUUUGAACAGAGGAGACCCUAAUCUUGAAAGAUCAGCUCAAACUUCCGUUGCAGGCCCCCCUUCAAUUCCUCGCCCAUUGGACUCCGAUCAGCCAUCAUAUGAAGAACUGAGACAAGAACUGUCCAGAAUGCAGGCCAGAGAAAUGUACCUCCUCAGACGGCUUAGAAUUCUGUCUGCUAGGUAUUUGCAAAUGCUCGGAAGACGGGGAACCCCUGUUCCGGGAAAUGCGCAAAAUAUACGAAUUCCAUUUAUCAGGCGCAUUAACUUCCGGCGCUCACCACAACGAACGUUAUCCGGAAUUGUAACAGGUAGAAACGUAAGAAGAGGUCCUCCAGUUCGGGUGUUUUAAUCAACCGCUUUUAAUUAGAAAAUGAAAGAUUUAUAUGGCUUCCUUUGGUCCGUUUUACUCUGUACAACUAUCACAGAAUGUAUCUUGUAGUAAAUAAAGUAUAUGGAAUUUGA